AUGUACUGUCUCUGGACUGCAAGAUUCGGACAUAUUCUUCUUCACUACAUUGUCUUACACUUAUGGAUUAUUAAUACAGCAACAGGUGCAAAUUUGAAGGACAGCAGUGAGGGGAGGGAGGAUUUCCAGAGGCAGCCAGACGAGGUAGCUCAGUGGUGGGGUGAAUGGAGCAGUUGGUCCACCUGUUCCCGUACCUGCGAAGGAGGAGUGCGCUCUCAAGAGCGUCACUGUUUGUAUCAGAGACUGACAUCUACCCAAAACAUCAACAGUUCCUUCUGCUUUGGACCAUCCAAGCAAUAUCAGCUGUGUACAAAUCAGCCAUGCCCAAACAGCAGAAUCAGCUUCAAACAGCACCAGUGCUCUCAAUUCAAUGCCAAAGCCUUCGGCAGGAAGCACUAUGAGUGGGUUCCACUUUAUCCGGAUGAUUACAUCAGCAUCUCCAACAAGCCAUGUGACCUCCAGUGCACCACAACCACAGGAGAAAGGCAGCUGUUAGUGCCCGCCCAUGAUGGGACAUUCUGCAGGGACGGCAUCUAUCAGGGAGUUUGCAUUGAGGGCCAGUGUCAGGUGGUAGGGUGCGAUGGGAAAUUGUAUUCCAGUAAAACCAUAGACAAAUGUGGAGUCUGUGGUGGAAAUGGAGGUUCUUGUUAUCGUGUGUCAGGAUCUUACCGGAAAGGGAUCACACAGUUAGGUUAUGUCUUUAUAACCAAUAUACCAGUUGGUGCCACAGAUAUCCAAAUCGUUGAGCGGCGGAAAACUGAAAAUAUCUUGGCUCUGUCUGAUGAAGCUGGUCACUUCUUCUUCAAUGGAAACAGUGUGAUCGACAAUCCACGAAACUUCCAUGUUGCUGGGACAGUGUUCAAGUAUAGGAGGCCAGCUAACCUCUUCUCUGAUGGCUUUGAGUACAUCAUGGCUCAGGGUCCCACCCAGCAGGCCCUGAAUGUCAUGUAUUACAACUUCAAUGGAAAGAUGCCUCACAUCACAUAUGAGUACACAGUUCCUCGAGCUCCAGAGCCGAGAAUGGCACCACCCAUGCCCUCUACCCCUGAGCAGCCUAAAAUCAGCAACCUGAUGUCAAAGACUUCCAAAGACCCAUCACUGGCAGACCAGCAGGUGAACACCUCUUCUACAGAGCUCUUUUCCACUCAUAAUGAAAUCGAAGCUCGUAAGGAGUUUGGAAAGAAAGGCAAUCAGAGUGCUUCAUUGGUUCCUCGAGAAAAUGUGGAGAUGCAUGUGGGCCAUAAGGAGCUGCUGUGGGAACUUCAGGCCUCUGUUAACCUCAGCGAUCUGCCUGGCCUGGUAUUAUUUAGACCCGUGAGUGAGGUCCUUCAGAAUGAGCUAGAUGGUGAAAUGCACCAUCUUGAGACACAAGGCAGUUUCGGCCCUGAUACCAACUUGAUCGAUGGUGACUCGUCUAUUUCAAGUGACUCCAAUCACACAUCUACACCUGCUUUAAAGAGUCUCUUCUAUGAUGGGGCUCCAUGGCCCUCAGACUCCAGACAGCCCUGUAAAGAAGAUUCAGCAGUCUCGGGCUGUGCCAUUCUCAAGCUUAACUCCAACUCCUCUCUGGAAAACAGCCUGACACUGGAGAUCUACCCAGGCAAUCUGGACAUGCAUGGUCCGGAUGGGGAACCUGUAUUUGGGCCUCAUUCUGUGCCUAGGACUAAUGACUCAACAAAUCACCAGCCCGGCCUUCUUCAGCUCCACCAGGUGGAGUCAGUGCAGACCCCCCACAGCGAGAGUAAUGAGUUUGAGGUGGAAUCUCUGGAUCCUGACAUCAGCAUGGCCGACAUGUACAGAUGGAAGGUAUCUGUGUAUGCACCCUGCAGCUCAACAUGUACCACAGGUAUAAGCACAUCUUAUGCUUUAUGUGUGAAGUUUGAUGGGUCAGAGGUGGAUGAGAGCUACUGUGAUGCUUUGACCAGGCCAGAGCCCACACAUGAGUUCUGCACAGGGAAAGAGUGUCUGCCCAGAUGGGAAACCAGUCGUUGGAGCGAGUGUUCCCGGACGUGUGGGGAAGGGUUUCAAUUCCGGACGGUGCGCUGUUGGAAGAUGAUGGCACCAGGAUUUGACAGCUCUGUGUAUGAUGAGUUGUGCCAGGCCACAGAGUUGCAGAAGCCCAUGACACGCAAAGCCUGCAAGAGUAAAAGCUGCGGUCCUCAGUGGGAGAUCUCAGACUGGUCUGAGUGUUCUGCACGGUGUGGUGGUCGUGGGGUGAAGAGCCGUGAGGUGCGCUGCUCCAUGGAGGCCAGGCUCUGUAAUGAGUCUAAUAGGCCAGUCAGCCAGAGAGAGUGUGAAGGCCCACCCUGUGACCGCAGGUGGACUGUCUCUGACUGGGGGCCGUGCUCAGGGCCAUGUGGGGAGGGCAGGAUGAGGCGCUAUGUGGUGUGUAAGAACAGCAAUGGGAAGGUGAUCUCUGAUGGACAGUGUGAUUCAGAGCUGAAGCCGCUGGCAGUGCAUCCAUGCGGAGACAAAAACUGUCCCGCCCACUGGGUGGAGCAAGAGUGGGAACAGUGUAAUGCCACAUGUGGUCGUGGGGUGAAGACGCGACAGGUGGUUUGUGCAGGGCUGGAGGGGGGCGUGUUUAAGGAGUUCCCCGACCGGAUAUGUGACAGAUCCCUCAAACCUGCAGACAGCACGGCCUGUUUUGAGAGACCCUGCUCCAAGUGGUUUACAACAUCCUGGUCUCAGUGCAGUAAGACAUGUGGGAUUGGAGUACGGGUGCGAGAAGUGAAGUGUUAUCAAGGAGAGGAGCUGGGCCAUAGCUGUGACUCCACACUGAGACCUGAGGCCAGGCAGAGCUGUGAGGUGCAACCUUGCACCACUGAGGCACCAGCUGAGGAUGCUUGUCAAGAUAAAGCAACAGCUAACUGUGCUCUUGUCCUGCGGGUGAAAUUGUGCACUCACUGGUACUACAGGAAGGCCUGCUGUUUGUCCUGCAGGAACAAGAGCCAGUAAAGGCUUUCACUGGCUCCUCACUGGGGCACUCCUCAACAUACUGGAUGCACUGACCCCAGACCAGUAUCUUCAACCCAACACUGUCAAUUCCUCCUCCAUAAAGAAAGGUGCUAUAAUAAUAAGGGCAUUGGCCCUAACGUGGUUCCCUCCUGCAGGGACCCACUAAAGGCAGCUCUUGUAACUGGACUGCAGAGGAGCCCUGGAUCUACUGGUGAUCAAGACUGCAUACAGUAGCCAUCAGUUCAACACGCAGUCCUCUGAUCAAACAACUGUGCAGGCUCCUCCUCUGUACUGUAAAAGCCUUGAUUCUGCUCUUACACAUGAAACUAUAAAUGAAUACACACACACAAACCUUAUAUGUUCAAAGUUUAUUCUGUUUUUUUGUUGUCUUGUUUGAAUUCAUUGCAUUGGUGUCCACUUUUGGUAUAGAAAUAAAUACAAUAGUGAAAUAAAACAAGUGUUUUUGACAUCAGGGUUACAUGGUGUUGAUCUUUUAAUACAACAUACAGACUCUCAAAUUCCCACAAAAACACUAUACUCAUAAUUUGAUCAUGCUUGACUUAUCACUAUGUUCCAAAAACCAGCUUGAAAGCUAAAGUGUAUAAUUUCUGCACCACUAGUAUCACCAACAGGAUUUUGGGGAAUUAUUUUAGCAAAAGCAUUUAGUGUUUUCAAACCGAUUCUACAAAACUCCCCCCGUCUUCCAUUGGUUGGACACUUUUAGGUGAAAACAGUCUACAAAUGGCUUACUUAUAGCUAACUGCACAUUAGCCUGGGAUAUGAGAGGAAAUUUUAAUAUAAAAAAAUACAUCAGCUUUAGGCUGGUAUGACCAGCUGGUAGCUGGUUUGUUGCUGGUCCAAUAUAUGGUCUACGGGGUUGGGAUAGGGUUAGGCCAGUUACCAUGUUCCAAAACACAGCAGGUCAACAUCAAGAGUACAGCAGAUAAAAAUAAGUUAAAAAAAAUAAAUAAUACAUUUUAAACUCACACAAAAAGCACAUUAUACACAGUAAAAAUGACCAUACAACCAUAAAACAUUAUUAACAUGCAACUAAAAGUUGCAAGUCAGUUUAAAAUUAGUGAUUGCACAUUGAAUUGAUGAGAAGAGUCAUGGUCUACCCUAAUGGUACUGUGGAGGAUUCUUGUCAAAGCUCUCCUUACAGAGUCUCUGUAAACAACCCCACGAUCAGACCAGGACAAAGCAUUAUCGAGGGAGAGAACUGCAGCUAAUACUUCAGAGAUAUUCAUUUGACAAAGUUUUUAAUUUAGUUGUAGUGUUGUCAGUCGAUUGAAAUAUUUAAUCACGUGAUUAUUGUGUUGUAUUCUUGAUAAUGUUCCUUCUUAGAAAAAAAAAAAAAAACAGUAUGUAACAAUAAUGUCUUAUUAAUAUUUCCAAAGCAUUUCACAGUAUAAACAUAGAAAUGCACUAAAAUAGCACCAGUUCAAGUAACAUUAAACAUAUAAGUGGGAGGUUAACAAAUUCAAAGAACUAAAAUCUUAAACCCACAUCCUCCACUGGAUGAGGCACACAUGAUGUGGCUAUCCACUUUGCAAAAGUAAUCCUGAAAAGUGCAGCAGAGAACAAGAUCUUGUCUUGUUGUGGUUGGAUUUUAGGUGAUGGUUAAUUGAUGACCAUCCAUUUUAAAAUAACUAAUAAAUGUGAUAUUUAGUGUUAUGCAAAUGUCAUAUGUCAUUCUACCUUAACACCUUGAAAUCCCUGCUGAAAAGAAAAACAGAUUAAACUGGCCUUAGCUGUUUCGGUGGUCUUAGCUGGUCUGAUUUGCGAGUUUUCGAGAGGGUUUGGGCACUUGUCUGCUGGUCAGGCUGGGACAUCAGCUGUCCAACCAGCUAAUCACCAACUAGACCAGCUUCAACCAACUAAGACCAUCAAACCAGCUUAAGCUGGUUUAGGCUGUUUUUUCCCCCCAGCAGGGAUGAUUGUGCAUUAUUAGAGUAAUUACAUAGUCUCACAUUUCUCCAUAUUAUUACCAUUGUUGUUUCCUCAGUGAUGAAAAGCUCAUGAUUAUGUAAGAAGCAGAGGUCAAAUCGAGUUACACUGGCAGGCCGGGGGAGGUCAACACACAUCUCUGUGUUUAACUCUCAGUAAUCCUGCAGGCGGUGGAGAAUGCCUCAGAAUUCCAGGGCUUCAUGUUACAGUCUCAGAAGGUGGGCGAAAAAACUGCCGUGGGACAUUUCACAUCAAUAAAUACUGUCCAAUCCCGGCCCCUGAACUGCUUCAGCAACUGCUUUAUUGUUAUUUUAAGAUGGAGUUAAUACAUCACAUUUCUCAUUUGUAUUCACUGUAGACAUUUAAAUAUUAGCUGUAAUAUUUGCUUUAAUGCUAAAAUGAGGCAUGAGUCAUGGAAAGUGAGCUUGGCCCUCAGAACUCCACUCUCAGCCAAGCAUCUGCACACAAAAAUCCCAGUUUGAGGCUACAGUGAAGCACCAGCAAACUUCUCCUUAGGUGAUAUUCAGUUCUAGUAUUUCUUUUACGUUUGGUUGAAGUGACAAGUUAUAAAUAUCCAACCUCGUAGAUUAAAAGAAACAUUCUUUGAAUCCCAAUUCUGGGUUUCAUGCUCUUGUUGUGUGACUUUUCUGAGUGACAAUACAACUUUCUAGACCAUGUCAAGUAGCCCUACAAAUCGGUCAUUUGACAGUAAGUCAUCUAACAAUCCUACACCAACAAAAAUUCCACCGCCAGCUGGUUCUCUACUAGUCAGUUCUUUACCAGUGUGUAUUCUGAUAGAAAUGCUACUCAACUUCUUUAAAGGGGCUUUCAAAUGAUUCGCAUCAGCAUUGCCGAAUACAUUGAUGUCUAUAAAAUCCUAACCUGACUCGCUUCACGUUAAAGCCACCAAUAUUCUGGGUUCAAUACAAGUUAAGCUCAAUUGAGCAUUUGUGGCAUAAUGUUGAUUACCACAAUAAUUUUGACUUGUUCCUUCUAUUCUUUAAAAAAAGCAAAAAAAUCUGGGUUACAGUGAGGAACUUACAAUGGAAGUGAUUGGGGCCAACAAGAUUAAGCUUCUUCUUUCUGCCUUUAAACCCUCCAAAAAUUGGCCCCAUUCACUUCCACUGUAAGUGCCACGCCGUAACCUUUUUCUUUUUUUUUUUUUUUAGAAAAGGAGGGACAACUCAAAGUUAUUUUUUUGUGGUAAUCAACAUUAUGCCACAAAUGCUGUUGAUUAAGCUUAACUUGCAUUGAAGCCGAAAUAUUUCUCUAAUACAGUUGCCAUAUUGAAGUUUUUUUUUUUUUUCUCCAACAGAAUUUCUGCCACAAAAGCAGAAUUUUGAGUAUGACACAGCUCAGUCUAAACCUCCAUGCUCUAACAGAUGAAUUUUUUUUUUUUGCUCAAUCCUUGUACGGAAAAUAUUUGCAACCUAUAAUGAUGUUGGUUUUUGUAGAUACAUGUUGAAGUAUAAAUAGUUCUAUUGAAAAAUGCUUUCUGAUGUUUAUAGAUCAAAGGUAAUAAAACUUCCUGAUAAUAAAAAAAGGUAUUUAUUG